CGUACGUCGAUCUUGUCUUCGGCAGCAGGUACGCAGCAGCAUUUACAGGCAGGACGGUAGAAUUCCGCGACCACUAAAUCGAAAUGGCUUUCUCCUUGGCGGUAGAUAGGUACCUACUACUAGCAUGUACAGUACAUGUGCAGUAUGCGGAGUACAUGCGCCAAGCAGCAUCAGCAACUCCACAACGCUGCAGCAGAUACUUCACGCCCGCUAUUACGAGGUGCUGUGCUACGCAUGGUGUACAGUAUAAACCGCGGCAAGCCGGACUCAACUGUCCAUUCUGCCUGGCAAAGGGAUACUUGGCGCUGCGUCUUACUGCUGCUGCUGCUACUGCUUGUCUCACCUGCCAGGGACAGAGCCGUGUGCAUUACUAGCUGUGGAGUCUUCGGCGCCGGUGUGUCUGGGGCUAAGACGCGGCCAAGGCGCUCUCAUACACGCUACUGUCGGCCGUGAGAGCGUUUACCUGCAUUCGGCAACCAGGUAGAAGACUGGCCGGGCAAGGGAGAGACAAAAUCCAAGGAAUAUUAAUACAGAAGCCACUGGCUACGUCACCGAUGGGGAAGUGAGAGAUAUAGCCCGGUCCGGCCGUUGUGGACCCUCCCCCGUG